GUUUCUGGUAAAGCAGAAGAUAGAGUUGCACGUCAGAUACUCGCAAGGUCGCGUCUAGUCCGCUGCUUCGGUGUGGAAGUCCCUUAUUUUGGGCAAAGAUGAUGACCAUGGCCGCUCGUGCCGGGGGUCUUCCCCCGUACUUGCAGGCGACAAAACAGACUGUCAAAAGUCUGCGGUCCGCUUCUGCCAAGGACUUGGUGCCUUCUGCCGCUCCUUUGGGGAUCCGCCUUGCCCACACAGAUAUCAAGAUCCCUGACUUCACAGACUACCGUCGCGCCGACGUCACAGACCCACACAAGUCCUCCCAAGAGAGCAGUGAGGCCAGAAGGACGUUCUCUUACCUCGUCACUGGAGCGACCACUGUGAUUGGUGUGUAUGCGGCCAAGACAGCGGUCACCCAGUUUGUCUCCUCAAUGAGCGCAUCAGCAGAUGUCCUGGCCUUAUCCCAGAUUGAGAUCAAGCUCAAUGACAUCCCUGAAGGCAAAAACAUGACCUUCAAGUGGAGAGGAAAGCCCCUGUUUGUCCGUCACCGCACAGAGAAGGAAAUCGCAACAGAGGCCGGUGUAAACCUCGCAGAGCUUCGCGACCCCGAGCAUGACAAGGAUAGAGUCCUCAACCCCAGCUGGGUCAUCGUCCUCGGUGUGUGCACCCAUCUGGGUUGCGUGCCCAUCGCCAACGCCGGAGACUUCGGAGGCUACUACUGUCCGUGCCAUGGCUCCCACUAUGACGCUUCAGGAAGAAUAAGAAAGGGACCUGCUCCUCUGAAUCUGGAGGUUCCCUUCUAUCAGUUCCCCGACGAGGACACAGUCAUUGUGGGAUAAAUACUGAAGCUCUGGCUCAGUUCCUCUCUGUAAUAUGUAUUUUUUAGAAGGCUCAGUGUGAGAGUUGAGAGUGACAUAAAAUGUGUGUAUUUACUAUUAAAGACACAUUUCCA